AAAUCACUUCGUUAGCAAAAAGACCACUGCAUGCUCGUCCCACAACAGAAUCAUCCUUAGAGACCAUUAGAGACCUACAGUAAAGCUGUCGUCCACGGGGUUGCAUGUAAACGUAUAUCACCAUGAACACUGCAAGCAUAACCAUCAUUCUGCUCACCCUCCUGGCCAUUUUCUCAACAACUGAAGGGAUAAAGCAACCACUGGUUCUACGCUGCCUUUGCCCCAAAGUGCAGGCUGGUCUUAUUCCGUUCAGGGAUUUGAAGAGUGUGUGGCACCUCUCUCCUCGCCCACACUGUUCAAAGACUGAAGUCAUUGUCAGACUCAAAAGUGGACGUCAACUCUGCCUGGACCCAAAGAACCGUUUGGUGAAGAUUCUGGUGGAGAGAUCAACCAGAAGAAUGCAGGAACGUAAACAUUCUAAAGAGGUUGGAAGCACCACUCGUGCCCCGUUACACUUGUCAACCAAAUAAUGGACAUGAUUCAACAACUUGUCGACUGGUCUGCCUGCCCAGUGCCCAAUUCUGAUGCAUCCACUACAAUACUACGAUGCUUAUUGGGAUUGUUGCACUGUGAAAGAAUUGAUAAACUGACUUUCUUCUCCUGCGCAGAAGGAUAAAUGUGACAUUGUAUGCACAUUUUAUUUAUCCGUGCAUGACUUCAUUGCUGUCUCAUACAUCACACCCUAAUAUAUCACAUUAUAUGAGUAAUAUGGCUAGUCAUUGUUUAUAAUAUGUUUAUUACAUAUGUGUUUAUUCCAUAUAACAUGUUUUAGUACAUGUAUGUUCAUUACAUCUUCACCUGUGAAGGGCACAUGUAGCCUCAGGAGUCCUUAGAAGAGAGCUGCAUAUAGGUCACUGAAAAGAGAUCUUUAUAACAGGACUUAAAGACAGAGUGUCUGUCCAUUGAUGCUUUCAUUUUAUAACUUGUCUAAGCAAGCAAAUAAAAACAACAUAUUCAUA